AGGUUCUCCGCGACAGUCAUUUACCUACCCUAUUGUCAAUAACGAUAUUAUUGUCUAUGGAUCGGUUUAUUUCAUGUCUUGCUGUGACAGUGACAUUUGACAUUGACAUAAAUAAAUGUUUGUGACAUUAUUGUUGAACGCGAUAUUAUUUUUUGUUUAGAGUUAAAUUUAAAAAUUGUAAUUUGCAAUGGCUGGUAAUUUCUGGCAAAGUUCUCAUCAUCAACAAUGGAUACUAGACAAACAGGAUCUUAUACGAGAUCGUCAACACGAUUUGGGAAUACUGUCUGAAGAGGAAUAUCAAAAAAUAUUCAACUUCUUUGCUAGCAUAAUUCAGAUUUUGGGUGAACAGUUAAAACUUCGUCAACAAGUUAUAGCCACAGCUACAGUAUAUUUCAAAAGAUUUUAUGCAAGAAAUUCUUUAAAAUGUAUUGAUCCGUUGCUAUUAGCACCAACAUGUGUGUUCCUUGCUUCCAAAGUGGAAGAAUUUGGUGUUAUCUCAAACUCACGGCUAAUAACUACUUGCCAAACAGUAAUUAAAAAUAAAUUUAGUUAUGCAUACGGCCAGCAGGAAUUUCCGUAUAGAACUAAUCACAUUUUGGAAUGCGAGUUUUAUUUAUUGGAAAAUUUAGACUGCUGCUUGAUUGUUUACCAGCCAUACAGACCUCUAUUGUUGUUUGUACAAGAUAUUGGACAGGAUGACCAACUAUUGACUUAUGCUUGGAGAAUUGUGAAUGAUUCACUGAGAACUGAUGUCAGCUUGUUAUACCCCCCUUAUCAGAUAGCAAUAGCUGCACUACAUAUUGCAUGUGUAAUGCUGAGCAAGGAAAACCAUAAGCCAUGGUUCGCUGAACUCAAUGUUGACAUGGACAAGAUCCAAGAGAUAGUGAGGUCUAUCAUCAAUUUAUAUGAGAUGUGGAAGAGUUACGAUGAGAAGAAGGAAAUACAAGCUUUGUUAGUUAAGAUGCCCAAACCAAAGCCAGCACCCCAAAGAUAAUACUUACUAAUUUUCAAGUGGUCUAUGACGAUUGUAUGAGGCAGAUAGAUUUUAUGGCCAGAGACAAGAUAAUUAUGAUAGAUAAUUUGUAAGAGGCAUGUGUAAUGGGCAGUUAUAGAAAACCUAGAACUGUUUAUAUUUCUUUUAAUCUCAUUACAUUCUAGUAACUUUUGUUUAUUGUUCAAAUUGAUUAGAAUGUAGGUGUUCUUUUUUUAUGGAAUAGGAGGCAAACAAGCAGACGGAUCACUUGAUGAUAAACGAUCACAGCCGCCCAUGGACACCUGCAACAAACUUCAAUGUCUGAAAAGCUAAAAAAUAAUAAUUAAACUCUGAUCUUGAUGACAUAUAGUUCCCAUUUCUAGACAUUAUUGUUAUCUACUAAAACAUAUUUCUAUGUUGGUAAAGUUUCCCAUAAUUCUUGAGAACUAUCAGAAUAUUUUAUAAAACAUAGCAUUAAUCUUGUAUAAAACUAAUAUUUUUAUUAACAAAACAAACAUGUAAAUAGUUGUAGUACAUUAGAAAUAUGUUCCUACAUUCUUGACUGUAUUUGUAAAGAGUACUACUGAUUACUUUUUGACAAUUUACGCGGGCGGUUUGAUAAGUCCGUAACUUUUUGAAUAAAACAUUUUUUUGCGGCAAA